AUGCCAACUGGCAAGUUAAAGAAAUUUGUCUCCGACAAGGGUUUCGGAUUCAUAACACCUGAUGAGGGCGGUGAAGACAUUUUUGCACAUACAUUGCAGUUCGUGGGAGAUGGUGACACCUUGCGCGGGGGCGAGCGUGUGACCUACGAGGCCGAGUGGGACGACCGAAAAGGAAAAUAUCGAGCAUCAACUUGGACGGUGGAUGCGAGUGGUGCGGGAGCGGCCAUGCUGCCGGGAGUCUUGAAGAAGUACUUCACCGACAAAGGCUUUGGCUUCAUCGAGCCUCAGGACGGUAGUGAAGACCUCUUCGCACACCAGCGGCAGUUCAGCGGGGACCCCAACAGCAUUCAGGAUGGAAUGAAGGUCAAAUAUGAAGUUGAAUGGGAUGGUAAGAAAGGCAAAAACAAAGCAGGACCGGAUCUUGGUGUGCUGACAAUGGUUUCGGCGGCGGCGGCGGCGGCUAUGGCGGUGGUGGCUGCGGUGGCGGCGGCGGCUAUGGCAUGCAGCAGCCAAAUUAUGGCCAACCCAUGGGUGGCUGCCCACAGACUCUUCGGCGGCAAGCUUCAUUUUCGGGAAUUGUAG